AUGUUCCCACCAGACCUGGCCAACGCUUCGGAGACACCUGUGCGGCAUUUGAAGCUGGCUUUUUCUAACCCGUCCUUCCUCGGGGGAAGGCAGAAUCGCUGCUUCCAUAAAUAUGGACAUGCUGGUCGCCUGGGGGAAACACCUUACUGCCUUCACACUCCUGUCACAGAGGACAGUACGACUUUACCCCCAGACCGCCUCGUAGCACGAUUACUCGUAGUACGGGGUCUCGCUGCUCUUGGUCUGACUGCUUCCCUUUGGCCCUCCCGGCAUGGUUGCACCUUGUGGAACGGAGUUCCAUUCAGUGUAGCCCGCGGGAUCAUUGCAGCACUGAAGCCCGACCACCACGUCAAGGUGGCAGCUUUAGGCCCACGGGCUGUAGGAGACUCAGUGCCCUUUGCGGGUCCUCACCACUAUCACUAUCCCAAUAUGAAUGCUGUCACAGUGGGUCGACCAACGCUCCUACGCGUCGGAUCAGGUGGUCGCUUAAGUGGGUUCGUGGACCCAAGAUUACUCUCUCCGGCCACAGCAGCUCUAAUCGAUCCAGUCUUGGCACCCUACGACAACAGCACGCUCGGAGUCGGUGAUCUGGACUUUGACAGUACACUGGUGGGUGUACCCCUGGUUGGUCACGUGGAUACAGGAUUCCGCCGACGGGUCAACUCAUUCGAGUCGUUGCAUCGAUUCUCGCGCCCACGGGCUGUAGGAGACUCAGUGCCCUUUGCGGGUCCUCACCACUAUCACUAUCCCAAUAUGAAUGCUGUCACAGUGGGUCGACCAACGCUCCUACGCGUCGGAUCAGGUGGUCGCUUAAGUGGGUUCGUGGACCCAAGAUUACUCUCUCCGGCCACAGCAGCUCUAAUCGAUCCAGUCUUGGCACCCUACGACAACAGCACGCUCGGAGUCGGUGAUCUGGACUUUGACAGUACACUGGUGGGUGUACCCCUGGUUGGUCACGUGGAUACAGGAUUCCGCCGACGGGUCAACUCAUUCGAGUCGUUGCAUCGAUUCUCGCUGUCUCGUACGUACCAUCGUGGAUUCAGUACAAAUGCCCCUGCUCAUUCAAUGAUGGCUUCCAACCUUCUUGGUCCAGAUGGUCAACCUCUUCCAUUGGCUGGUCCUGGCGUCGCCGCCGCCAACUUUUGUAAACAGACGGAUCCGGUUGUAGCUUACCGUGGCAGCGUCUUGUCUAGCACGACGGCGUCAUCUAACCAGGAUGAAUUAGUACAAGCAUACGAAUACGGACGCAGAAAUCAUCCAAGAAUCGGUGGCACCAACCUGCUGUCCAUGACAGGAAGUGGUGCCGGCGGUGGGGCUGGUCUCGUGCCCCCACGUAAUCACAUGGCACCCGAUCAAACCCCCACAAUGUUAUAUCCGCCAAUGAAGGCCAGGGGAGUAUCCGAAGUUGAGGUAAGCGAAGGUUCGGGAUCCAGCGAGGCCACAGACUCAUCGGGGAUACGUCAGUUCACGCAACAACCUCCUCAACCGGAUGAGGCACGUCAUGCGGCGUGUGAAAUCCCACUGGCUUGUGAAAACAAACAGCUUGGCUCCUACCGUCCGGGAAGGGAACCUGGUUUCCAAUAUGGCCCCAUCCGUGCAGCAGCUGCCGGUGCCAGCCGUAGACCAGGACAGCCUUUGUGCCAAGCCAACUUUGAUAUGCACUCAGAGUUGACGGAUACGUAUGCGUCUGUGGAUUACAAUGCCACGCCGUAUGUUCUCGCGAACGCGGCUUUUGCCGCUGGCGCAAGUAUGAACCGACGCGAUGGUCGACAGAUUUGUGCUCCCAAUACGGCUGCCACUUCAAGGGCACGUCAACCACUGCCAGCUGUCCCCGCCUCGUCUAUGCUGGACUUCCCCGAUGACGUUUCUUCGGCAUAUGUGCCUGCCUACGCCGGUCAGUCUGGUCGAUACUACGCAGCUCACCCGACUGCCUUCAACAGAACAGCCCCGAUCAGUGGCCUGCAGAAUCCCGCUGGCGUUUCUGGCGUUCGAUAUCAGGGUACAGGACACUAUGGAAAAAGCUGCGUUGAUGCUGGAGAAAAUCUGGGAAGUCAUCUGGACACACGUACUUUGGUGAACCGCGGACCACGUACCAAACCUGUCAACGCACGACCUGAUCCCACACGUAUUGGUCCAGACAACUCGGACAUCUCUUGUACAAAUGUAAACAGCACUAAUGGGCCUCCCGAUUCGGAAGAAAACGUGUACACUUCCGAGUUGCUUUUAUUCCGCGCUGACUCUGCUUUAUUUUUGAUUCAUUUGUAUCUUUAUUGCCACUGUGUUGUUAUUGUCUAUCAGCCAACCAACCAACCAAACAAUCACUCUGUUUUUUCCGUUCUAGUCAGUUGUGAAAACAAAGCAUUUGUACAGACAGACACGUCACUUUUCAGCAGCUACCCCAGCGGCACCACCACUGAUCCCCCGAUGCCAACGACAACAUUGUGGAAGCUGCGUGUUCUACGGCCACACCACCCGAAGGAACACGAGGGCUGGGAUAGCGACAGGUUGCCCAAGUCUACACAGGGGAAGUCGAGAUCUGGAGUUCGGGUUCGAACCACAGAUCCUUCGACCAGUAACGUCGCGCCGCAACCACUGGGCUUUCUCGGGCUCCUUGAUCACUUUAGCCUAAAUCUCUCGGUCUUUCCUUGCGGCGGUCUGAAGGCUUGUGCGCCCCACGGUUUGAUUGGAAUCAAAUUGUGUGCCCCAGAAGGAACGGUAGUCUUGAAUUGUGGCUGUCCACCGGUGACUGAUGGUCACGUGACCUGA